UGACCUUGAGAUAAUGGAGGUCAUUGAUCGGCGGGAUUUCAAAGAUGUCGGAUGUGGAUUCACAGUUCAAAACAACCGCUGCUUCCCUAAAAAAGGCACAAGAAGUAGCAGAUCAAGUUAAUGAGAAGUUACCCAUCAACCUGACAGGUCAUGAUGUGGAGCAGUACCCUGAGUUUGUGAAGCUGCUGCAGGGGUUGAAUCAACAUCUCACAGAGAAGGGAAUCAGUCGUGCCGUACAGAAGGAUCUUGUGCAGGCAGAAGAUGCCCUGAAGCAGGAAAAGCAUGCUUGGCUUCAGUUUCACAUUCUUUACCUAGAACUUCAAGAGUUGAUUCUGGACUUUGAGAUCAAAAGUCAAGACAUGGCCCCCAGUUCAGCAAGUAGCCAGUAUUAUGAAGCCCUCAAAGAUGUGGUGACGCUGGCAGAGUUAGGCGACUACCUGAACUGCUCCCUCCAAGCUGACAAUGAGGCCACGCUACUGGGACUAACACAGGAAGGUCUGCAGAGGAUGAACCCAUACAAGAAAGAUAUGAAGGCAAUACAGCAAAAACUUGUCCCCGAAGUUGAGGACCGACUGAGGAGGAAAUGUGAAAAUCUGGUGGAGUUUUAUGAGCCGUUACAUGACAAAGACAAGGAGAAGUUAACAUUUGCCAAGGCCUUCCAGCUUCCUGCUUUUCUGGAACCUGAGAUACAUUCUAUAGAGGAAGAGAAAAAAUUGCUGAAGAAAGAAAAAAGCAUCAGAGAAAAACAUUUCAGGAAGUAUUACCAGACUCUCCUUGAAUCUCUGCACAUACUGGAGGAGCUGAUCACUAAACACAGGCUACAGUCUCAGACAGAGAAAGAUGGCAUCUUGACGGAAUGGAUGGCAGCAAGGUGCGAUGCCAUGUGCUUGAAAAUAAGGAUGGUCGAGAUGCAGAUUCUGUGCGAUACCUACCACACGGAGUCUGUACAGGCACUGAAAGCUGUCAGCGAAAACCUUCAAACUGCUGUACACGAUCACAAGGCUGAGCUGCACCAAGUCAGUCAAGCACUGACGGCCUACGAGGCAGUAGGAGCUGGAUUUGAUGAGAUGGUUUCGGAGUACGCCAAGUUACGAGACGAGGUAGAAAACAAACGCUGGGCCCUGACAGAACUGCAGCAAAGUCUGGAGGAUGACGGGUGAUCUUGAUGACUGUUUUCUUCUGCAUUAUUUCAGCCUACACAUGUAUCUUUCAACUCGCAUAUUUCUAGUUUUUUGAAGAGAUUGCCGCAGGUGUCCUUUUAUUCUGUGUAUUGCUACAAAGUAUCAUAUGUUCCAAUUUGGUGUAGUGUAGGCGUAAAGCAUACAGAGCUUAAGUCAAUGAAUCUCGUAUUCCUGUGUGUGCAAGUAUAACUUAGAUGACAUACAGCCAUUGAACUAUAACACGGCUGCAACAAAGCAUUGAGGAAGACAUCUGAUAUAUAUAUCCACUGCUGAGCAGUGAGAAGUUUCUCAACUUGAAUAUUAAGUACAGCCAUUAUCAGCAAUGGCCCAGUUGCCCCUGACUGGCAGUGCUAGUCCCCAUUUCCAUACCUAGAUCGAUCUAACAGGAUCGACCAAUUUCCAAGGGGAGGGACUCUGGCUAAAUCGGCUUAAGCAGCUUAGAUGUCUGGGAUGAAUACUGAAGCUGCUAAAAGAAAGUUAAUUACCCCCUAACAGCUUCA